GAGGAGGCGGGGCUUCGGGCGACGAACCGCUGCAAGGCGUAUUCUGGGAAGGCAGCAGGGGAGUGCGGAGCCAGGAGCCACGCUGGGAGCCGAAGUGUCGGGGAAGCACCGAGCCGUUGGAGGAGGCAGAGCGGUGGAUUUCAGCGAAGUUCCUUAUGACUUCCCCUGAAAUUGCUUCCUUAUCAUGGGGGCAAAUGAAAGUACAAGGCUCUAAUACAACCUAUAAGGAUUGCAAAGUAUGGCCAGGGGGCAGUCGGAUUUGGGAUUGGAGAGAAACAGGAACUGAGCAUUCUCCUGGAGUGCAGCCUGCAGAUGUGAAGGAAGUUGUUGAGAAAGGUGUACAGACUCUUGUGAUUGGCCGAGGGAUGAGUGAGGCCUUGAAGGUUCCGUCAUCAACUGUGGAGUACCUCAAGAAACAUGGCAUUGAUGUGCGGGUCCUCCAGACAGAGCAGGCAGUGAAGGAGUAUAAUGCCUUGGCUGCCCAAGGGGUCAGAGUGGGAGGUGUCUUCCAUUCCACCUGCUGAUGAGGCCUUAAGAGGCGAAUAAAUCACUAAGCACCUG